UGUCCGGGCGGGCGGUGGGCGCUGUGCUUGUGCCUGUGCGCGGCGCUGCUGCCGCGGCCGGCGAGGGGCCUCACCGACCGCCUCUACUGCGGCCGCCGAGUCUGCUACGAGGUGCUGGGCGUCAGCCGGCAGGCCAGCAAGGCGGAGAUCGCCCGCGCCUACCGGCAGCUCGCCCGGCAGUACCACCCCGACCGCUACCGCGGGGAGCCCGCGGGCGGCGAGGGCGGCGGGGCGCAGGCGGCCCACGAGAAGUUCCUGCUCAUCGCCGCCGCCUACGAGACCCUCAAGGAUGAAGAAACACGUAAAGACUAUGACUACAUGCUGGAUCAUCCUGAGGAGUAUUACAGGCAUUAUUACCACUACUACAGCAGGAGACUGGCUCCUAAAGUAGAUGUCACAAUAGUGAUCCUAGUUACAGUGUGUGCCAUCUCUGUGUUUCAGUUCUUCAGCUGGUGGAGUAGUUACAAUGAAGCUAUCAACUACUUAGCAUCUGUGCCAAAAUACCGUAUACAAGCUACUGAGAUUGCCAGGCAACAAGGUUUACUCAACAAGACUAAAGAAAAAGGCAAGAACAGGCGGUCUAAAGAAGAAAUUCGUGAAGAGGAGGAAGAAAUUAUCAAAGACAUUAUUAAAAAUAAAAUAGAUAUAAAGGGUGGUUAUCAGAAGCCCAAAAUAUAUGAUAUCCUUCUAUUUCAGAUCCUUCUUGCUCCUUUUUACUGGUGCAAGUACAUAGUUUGGUACUGUUGGUGGAUUUAUUGUUUCACUAUUAAAGGGCAAGAGUAUGGUGUGGAAGAGAAGUUGUAUAUCAUACGAAGGUACAUGAAAAUGUCUCAGUCUCAGUUUGACAGCCUGGAAGAUCAUCAAAAGGAGACCUUUCUUGAACGGCAACUAUGGAUACGAGAAAACUAUGAGGUGUAUAAACGAGAACAAGAGGAGGAGCUAAAGAAGAAGAUGGCCAUGGAUCCCCGAUGGAAGAGAUACCGGCGGUGGAUGAAAAAUGAAGGACCUGGAAGACUGACUUUUAUUGAUGAUUGAAAGUUGCUGAAUGAAAUGUGUGUUGUUGCUGAAAGUGAUUUGCAAAACUUUUCAUUACAUCAUUCAGAGUUUUGUCUGCUGUGGCUUAGCAGUGAUCUAAAACUCAGGAACUACUACAUCAGGCUGAAGCAUAAUACAGGUUUACCAUUUUUAUAAAUCAGACCUAUUAAACAGGUGUAGCCUAAUGUAUAUAUACCAUU